CCCUUCCACCCCAUUUUCCACUCCCAAAAAUCCCCUUCACAUUUCCCCCCACCCCUCGCCGCCGGCGCCGUCUCCUCCUCCGCCGCCAGCCAUGGCCGCCGCGGGUCCCGGGAUCUACUCCGAGAUCGGGAAGAAGGCCAGAGAUCUCCUGUACAAGGACUACCACACGGACCAGAAGUUCACGCUCACCACCUACGCCUCGAACGGAGCUGCCAUUACUGCUGCAAGCACGAGGAAAAAUGAAGCUAUCUUUAGCGAAAUCCAGAGCCAGCUGAAGAACAAUAAUGUGACUGUGGAUGUUAAAGCAACUUCGGACUCAAAUGUGACAACUACAUUCACAGUUCAUGAUCUGGGCAUGCCAGACUUGAAGGCAAUUUUAUGCAUUCCUUUCCCAUACCAGAAAUCUGCCAAGGCUGAACUCCAGUACUUGCACCCUCAUGCUGGUAUCACUACCAGUGUUGGCCUGAAUGCAAACCCUGUUAUUAACCUUUCUGGUGUAUUCGGAACUAAAGCUCUUGCGGUGGGUGCUGACGCUGCGUUUGAUACUUCAACUGGGGACUUCACCAAAUACAAUGCUGGACUGAGCUUCACUAGUGAUGAAGACUUCGUUGCUGCAGUGACUCUGAACAACAAAGGAGACAGCCUUGCUGCUUCCUACUACCACUCGGUGAAUCCAUCCACAGCUGUCGGAGGAGAGCUGGCUUACAGCUUCUCGAGCAAUGAGAACACCCUCACCUUCGGGACAAAGCAUGCCCUGGACCCUCUCACCAUUGUGAAGGCGCGCUUCAACAACUACGGCAUGGCAAGUGCGCUCGUCCAGCACGAGUGGAGGCCCAAGUCAUUCAUCACCGUCUCCACGGAGGUCGACACCAAGGCCAUUGAGAAGAGCUCCAAGGUCGGGCUCUCCCUGGUCCUCAAGCCCUGAGGUCACCAACUCUUGGUUUAGGAUGUUAGCUUUUGAUAUCAGCUGCUGAAGUCCAGUAAACAAGCAUGGACUAAACUUGUAGGCAUAACUUUGGUACCGUGGCAUCUUGAUCCCACAAACUUAAUCUUUGCCUCUUUACCCUGUUCCAAACUGCCUGAGGGGUUCCUGUUACCAAUUAAUUCAUACGACUACUGUUUUUGCUA